AUGGCUACCCUCAAGAAAGACGAAGACGGAUGGGUGGAAGGAGAGGCGCCGGCACCUGAGCCUCAGCAGACUGACUUGCUGGAGCCGACGCACGAUGUUCAGGUCACUCUCGCCGAUCCGACCCUCGACGCCGACAGCCCGCUGUACAGCGUCAAGAACUUUGAAGAACUCGGCCUACACCAGAGCCUGCGAGACGGCCUGGUUGCAAUGGGCUUCAACCGACCAUCCAAGAUCCAGGAGAGGGCGCUACCGAUGCUCCUGCGUGAUCCACCAACAAACUUCAUCGGCCAGUCGCAGUCUGGCACGGGGAAGACUGCCGCGUUCGUCCUCACCAUGCUGAGCCGCAUCAAUCCGGACCUCCAGUCUACUCAGGCCAUCUGCAUCGCGCCCUCCCGCGAGCUCGCGCGCCAAAUCAUGAGCGUCGUCACCCUCAUGGGAAAGUUCACCAAGAUCACGACUGAAUUCGCGAUCAAGGACGACAACGGACCGCCCACGAAGCACAAGGUCAACGCGCACCUCGUCGUGGGUACACCGGGGACGAUGGCGACGUACCUGCAGAAGCGGAUCAUCAACAAGGACACGGUCAAGGUCUUCGUCGUCGACGAGGCAGACCAGAUGAUCGCGCAGGAUGGGCUCGGCGACCACACCACCCGGGUGAAGAACCUCCUCGGCUCCCCCGGCCAGCCCGGCAACCUCCGCUACCAAACCAUCCUCUUUUCCGCGACCUUCAACGACAACGUGCGCGGGUUCGCUGACAGGUUCGCGCCGCACGCGAACAAGAUCGAGCUCAAGAAGGAGGAGGUAAAUGUGGGGACGAUCAAGCAGUUCUUCCUGGACUGCGUGAGCAAGCAGGACAAAUACGACAAGCUGGUGAUGUUGUAUAACAUCUUGACGGUUGGGCAGAGUAUCAUUUUCUGUCAGUACCGGCAAGAGGCAGACCAAAUUGCGCAGCGGAUGAUCAAGGAGGGGCACAAAGUCGCGGCGUUGCACGGUGCGAAGGACGGCUCGGAGCGAGAUCAGAUCAUCGACAGGUUCCGCGAGGGACACGAAAAGGUCCUCAUCACCACGAACGUCAUCGCGCGCGGCAUCGACAUCCUCCAGGUCAACAUGGUCGUCAACUACGACCUCCCGCUCAUGAGCGAGCGCGACAAGAACCGGUACGGCUCGAACAACGACAAGCCGGAUCUGGAGACGUACAUCCAUAGGAUAGGUCGAACAGGUCGCUUUGGCCGUCGUGGCAUCUCAAUCAGCUUCGUGCACGACCAGCAGUCGUACGACCUCCUGAAGGUGCUGGAACGCGAGAUGGGCCGCGAGAUCCAGGCUAUACCAACUAAGGGCAAGGACGAGGGGCAGAUUGAGGACUACGUCAAGGACCUACUGAAGAAAGAUACCACAGUCGGCAGCGCGAAGUAG